CUUUUUUUUUCCAGAAUGUUCUCUUUACAGACUUUCCAGCCGAGUCUCGGGUGCUCCCCAACAUCUUCUCCCUUUUUUGUUUUGCUGAAUGUACUGGUAGAAGUCAGAGAGAGGCAGCAAACGUUCUGCUUUGGAAUAUCAGAGUCUGUGAAUUGCAUUUACUGUUCCAUCUCAAUUUUACAGGCUCUGAGAAUAACAAAGGGAAGAAUGGACUCAGUGGCCUUUGAGGAUGUUAAUGUGGAGUUCACCAUGGAGGAGUGGGCUUUCCUGCAUCCAAUCCAGAAGAAACUUUACACAGAUGUGAUGCUGGAAACCUUCUGGAACCUGGCAUCAGUAGCAUGUAUUUUAGAAGAACAAUGUGAUUACCAUGACAGUGAAGAUCAGUAUGAAUAUUACAGGAGGAAUCUUAGUCAUAUGGUAGAGAGACUCUGUACAAGGAAGGAUGGUAGUCAACACAGAGAAAACUUCAGCCAGAUUCCAUAUAAUAAUGAAACUAAGGAAAUUCCUGAAAUAACACAACCUAAAUCCAGGUUGUGCAGGCAAAUCUUCAUACGUUAUUUAUUGUUGAGUAACCACCUGAGUUCUCACAUUGGACCCAAACUAUAUCUGUGUCAGGAAUAUGAAGAAAACUCUUAUAAAUGUAAGGAAUCUGAGAAAGCUUUCAAGCCUUACCAACAUAUUCAGAGCCAUGAAGAUAGCCCCACUGGGAAAACUUUUUACUAUUCAACUUUCCUUAGAAAUCAUGAAAGAAUGAAUAUUGCUGGGAAAUCGUAUGAGUGUGAGCAAUGUGGAAAAAGCUUUAAUCAUUUCAUUUACUUUAAACUUCACAAAAAUACUCAUAGUGGAGAGAAGCCAUAUCAAAGUAAGCAAUGUGGCAAAGCUUCCAGUUCUCCCAAGUAUUCUGGAGAAAAUGAAAGAACGCACACUGCAGAAAAGCCCUAUCAAUGUAAGGAAUCUGGAAAAACUUUCAGUUCCACUUCUCUUAGUAAUCAAGAAAGAACACACACUGCUGAGAAACCUUAUGAAUGUGGGAACGUCUUCAGUUCGCUCAGCUCUCUUGGAAAACUUAAAAGUAGUUGUGCCGGAAAGAAACCUCAUGAAUGUAAGGAAUGUGGUAAAACAUUUUGUCGUCGCUAUUCCCUUAUAAUUCAUCAAAGAGUGCAUACUGAGGGAAAACCAUAUGAAUGUAAGCUUUGUGGUAAAGUCUUCUCUUAUCCAACUUCCCUCCAAAAUCAUAAAAGAACUCAUACUGGGGGGAAACCUUAUGGUUGUAAGCAAUGUGGGAAAGCCUUCAGAUAUUCCACUGCUCUUCGAAAUCAUGAAAGAAUGCAUACUGGGGAGAAACCGUAUAAAUGUAAGCAAUGUGGGAAAGCCUUCCAUUGUAGCAACUCUCUUCAAAAACAUAAACGAUGUCAUGACAGAAAGAAGCCUCAUGAAUGUAAGGAAUGUGGUAAAACAUUCCACCAUCCCUGUUCCCUUAGAAAUCAUGAAAGAACUCAUACUGGGGAAAAACCCUAUAGAUGUAAGCAUUGUGGCAAAGCUUUCUAUUUUCUGUCUGCCCUCCAACGUCAUGAAAGAACUCAUACUCGGGUAUAUCGCUAUGAAUGUAAACAUUGUGGUAAAGGUUUCUAUUAUCAGUCUUCUCUCCAACAUCAUGAAAGAACUCAUACUGGGGAAAAGCCCUAUAAAUGUAAGGUUUGUGGUAAAGGUUUUUAUUAUUCAACUUCCCUUCAUUAUCAUGAAAGACUGCACACUGGGGAAAAACCCUAUCAAUGUAAGGAAUGUGGGAAAGCCUUCAUUUCUCCCAGCUCUCUUGAAAAACAUAAAAGAAGUCAUGUCGGAAAGAAGCCUCAUGAAUGUAAGGAAUGUGGUAAAACAUUUUAUGAUCCAUAUUAUCUUCGAUUUCAUGAAAGUAUUCAUACUGGAGUAAAACGAUAUGAAUGUAAGUAUUGUGAUAAAGCUUUCUCUUACCCAUCUUCCCUCCAAUAUCAUGAAAGGAGUCGUCAUAAGGGAAAACCCUAUGAAUGUAAGCAAUGUGGGAAAGCUUUCUUUGCUUUGGGUGGCCUCCGACGUCAUGAAAGAAUUCAUACUGGGGAAAAACCCUAUAAGUGUAAGCAAUGUAGCAAAACUUUCUCUAAUUUUACUUCCCUCCAACGUCAUGAAAGAAUUCAUACCAGGGAAAAAUCCUAUGAAUGUCAGCAUUGUGGUAAAACUUUUAGUUUUUCCAAAUCUCUUAUAAAUCAUGAAAAAAUGCAUACUGUGCAGAAACUCUUUGAAUGUAAGCAAUGUGGCAAAGCUUUCAGACAUUCCAAAUACCUUAGAAAUCAUGAAAAAAUUCAUACUCUGGAGAAACCAUAUGAAUGUAAGCAAUGUGGGAAAGCUUUCAGACAUUCCAAAUACCUUAGAAAUCAUGAAAAAAUUCAUACUGUGGAGAAACCCUAUGAAUGUAAGCAAUGUGGGAAAGCUUUCAGAUGUCCUACAUAUUUUAGAAAUCAUGAAAGAAUGCAUACUGGCGAGAAAUCCUAUGAAUGUAAGCAGUGUGGGAAAUUUUUUAGUAAUCCCAGUUCUCUUGGAACACACAAAAGGAAUCAUGAUGGAAAGAAGCCUCAUGAAUGUAAGGAAUGUGGUAAAACAUUCCUUUAUCCCUCCUUCCUUAGAAUUCAUGAAAGAAUGCAUACUGGGGAAAAACCCUAUGAAUGUAACCAUUGCGGUAGAGCUUUUUCUUAUCCAAGUAACCUUCGAUGUCAUGAAAGAACUCAUAAUAAGGAAAAACUGUAUGAAGGUAAGCAAUGUGAGAAAGCCUUUAUUCAUCCCAGUUUCCUUGAAAUUCACCUAAACACUCAUAAUGGAGAGAAAUCAUCAUGAAUAAAGAACUAACACUGAAAAUAAGCCAUGUCCUGUCAAGAUUGUAGAAAAGCCUUUGACAAUCCCAGUUCUUUUUUCCCCCUUUAUCCUCACCUGCAGGUAUUUUUCCAUUGAGAGAGUGGAAGUCAGAAAGGCAGAGAGCAAUACUGAUGUGAGAGAAACAUCAAUUGGUUGCCUCCUGCAAAUGCCCAACAUGAAAGCACAGACAAUGGAGAAAAGCUCUAUGAAUGUGGUAAAGCUUUCAGAUUCUCCAAGUCUCUUAGAAAUCAUGAAAGAACACAUACUAGGGGAAAACCUUAUGAAUGUAAGCAAUGUGGAAAAACCUUCAGUUUUAUCACACAUCUUAGAAGACAUAAAAGAAAUCAUGAUGGAAAUAAGGCUCAUGAAUAAGGAAUGAAUUAAACCUCUUUGCCAUCCCUUUUAUCUUAGAUACCAUGAAAUGUAUACUGGGGAGAAACACUAUGAAUGCAAGUGAUGUGGGAUAACCUAUAGUCAUCCCCAAUCCUUUGAAAUGCACAAAAAUUCUCAUAGUGAAGAGAAACUACAUGAAUGGAAGGAAUGUGCUAAAGCCUUCAGGUUCCCAACUAGUUUUUACAGAUAUGUGAAAACAAAAUGUAUUGAUAAACUGUUAACGUAAGGAAUAGGGAAGAGCCUUCAUUUACCUCUCAGUUGUACCAUUCAUGUAUGAUAAUCCAUACUGGGGAUGGACCCUAGAAAUGUAAGAGGGUUGCAGAGCAUUUAUUUCUUCCAGUUGAUUGUAAAGGAUUAAUGAAAUCACUGAAGAGAAGCCCUGACAUGAAAAUAUGGAAGGAGAACCUUUGGCCAUUCUAGUUUUUUACAAAAUCAUGAAAGAACUCACACCCCAUAGUAAGUGUAUGAACAUAAGGAAUGUGGGAGAGCUUUUCUUGGACAUGUGAGAAUGCACCUGGAGAAAUAGUGAAUACAUAUGGAGAAGGUUGAAAAGCCUUCAGCUGUCCCUUUUCCUUGGAAAGGUCAUGAAAAAACUCAAAGUG